AUGUCAGCGGCGGCUCCUCACGACGCCCGGGGGACACCCAACGCCGGAGCAGGCUUCUCGCCCUUCUCGAGGCUCCCCGCGGAAAUCCGCCACGAGAUAUGGCAUCUGGCCCUCUCCGACUCCUGGUCCGGCAACAUCUACGACGGUCGACGCGAGAGGAGACGGCUCACGGGCGUGUUCCACCGAAACGUCAGCCUCUCGUGCCGCGAGGCGCAGCAAAUCUUCAAAUCGAGGUCCGUCUUCAUGGCCAAUCUUCACACCUGGAUCGACGUCGGCUGCCACGUAUUCUACCUGCGCGCUCCCCUGUACCCGCGUGAGCUCGAGCGCGCCCACCACGUCGUCUUGAACCCGGUGGGGUGGCAGAUGCUCCUCCUGAUGGUGGAAAUGGUCAGCGAGUGCUGCAGGCACCUGCGCACGCUGGUUGUUGUCGCGCCGUGGGCAGACCCGGGGGACUUGCCUGCGGACCAGGCGCCCGAGAGCUGGGCGCCCCUGGAGGACUGGAGGAUGAUUUGCGCUCCGCACACCAUGGAGGAGCACCGGGACGGGCUCGUCCGCGAUAUCGAAAGCGAGGGUGCCGCGGAGGAGAUGAGGAAUUCGGAAUACCACGCUCGGCUUUUGGAGGCGGCGGGGAGGGUUCCCAAGGCGAUGCCUGAGCGGGAUCACGUCUUCGGCCGGCUGUUGAUAGUCCUUAGGAAGCUGACUAAGGCGUUGGGCGAGUUUCCGGGGACGGUGCCGAGGCUUUACUUGCGUACUGCGUCGCAAUUACGAGCUUCGUGA